AGGGGCGAAAUAGAUGGCUUAGCCGCAUUUUAUGCAAAAUCAGACCUGUGGGAAUGGGAGAGGGAGCAACGUUUAAUUGGCCACCGCAACUGCAUAGCAUGCAAAUAUUAUCUGCAAUAAUUUAAAUAUAUUAGUAACCAGCCUUAAUUAAUCCCAUAGCUUGGGGGCAAACUUGCAAAUUUACCCAAAGUGACCACGGGGAGAGAGAUGCAAAUGUUUUAAUUAAACGCCAACUAUACAAAGACGCCAAAGAAUGUAUAUUUAGUUUACUUGCAUUAAUAUUAUUGAAAGUUAAAAAGCACUUUAGGCCAGUUGGAUGCCUCAUUCUUAUAGAAAAUUCUUUCCCUACUCAAAUAUCUCCUUAGGGAAAGUUCUCUGGUCAACAUGAAAUAUCCUCCUUAGAGGGGUACACAGGUUGGCUGAGAUGUUCAUCACCUUGGCUGUGUUUGCCCGGAUGGCAUUGGAAAAGUUUCCCUCUAUCUUCAUCCUGGGCUUAGUUACCUAUCCCUGCCUCUUCUGGACAUUGCGUUUCUUCAUGCUUCAUGUUGGGCAAAUGGAAGUCCUCCACGCAGUUUAUGUAUCUGCCAGGCUCGUCUCCUCAGUGCAGGCCAUCAUGGCUUCCACGGUGGGCUACAUCGUCUCCUCGUCUUGCAAGCACAUUAUCAACGACCAGCACUGGCUGACCUCCACCUACACCCAGUUUGCCGUUCCUUACUUCAUCUACGACAUCUAUGCCAUGUUCAUGUGCCAUUGGCACAAGUACCGGGUCAAGGGCCACGAGGCGGCCUCAGGGUCGACAGGGACCCGAUCACUGCGCACUGUCACCCGCACCUACUUGCACAAAGAGUUCCUCAUGGUGAUCCAUCACCUCUUCAUGGUGUUGGUUUGCUUCCCUGUGUCUGUGCUGUGGCGCCAGGGCAAGGGCGAUUUCUUCCUGGGUUGUAUGCUGAUGGCUGAGCUCAGCACCCCUUUUGUCUGCCUCGGCAAGGUCCUCAUCCUGUACAAGCAGCAACACACCCUUCUUCAUAAGGUGAACGGGGUGGUCAUGCUGGUGACUUUCUUCUGCUGCCGGAUCCUGCUGUUCCCAUACAUGUACUGGGUGUACGGGCGAUACGCCGGGCUGCCCUUCUAUCGCGUGCCCUUCUCCAUCCCCGCCGAGUACAACUUGGGAUCGGCGAUUCUCAUGGCACCACAGGUCUACUGGUUCGGCCUCAUCUGCCGUGGUGCUCUCCGCGUGUACCGUGGCCAGAGGGCCGCCAAGGAGCAGGUGCUGAGGAACGGGCACAGACCAGAGACCCAGGCACUGGACUGAUUCCUCCCUCUGCCCCUCCACCACAGAUGGACAGACCACAUUUCCCUCUAACUUAUUUAUUUAUUGGGGCUUGGGAGGGUCACUGGAUUAUCAGGGGAGUGGGCUCCUAGGCCAAAAGGGGAUUCGGGAGGGGUUGGAAAGGGGGUCUCCAGCAAAGUAUUAAGAGGGCACAAGAACAAAAAAGACAUAAAUCCUUUGGCUUGGCAUGGGAUUCCUUCACCAAAAGGCAACCCUCUAAUUUUGCAACCAGUUCAGUAUUUUGAAAUUUUGCAGGGAGGGGAGGGUCUCAAGCCAAAAGGGAACAGAAGGGAGGCCUUUGGUAGGCAGGGAGACAUGUGGCCAGUGGGGUUUAGGAGAGCCAAAAAUCUAGAACAAGGUGCGAUUGAAGUUCCUUGCAGGGUGCAAGACAGGACAAAGGGUGUCGGGGGUUCUGCUAAGCCAAAACCAAGAUCUGUAUGGGAGGGAUUUGCAGUUUCUUACAGCACAAUGCUGAGAGCACCCCAGAAUUAUCAGAACAUAGUAGGCAAAGAGACUAUCCCUGUAAUUUGACUGGGGAGAUACCAUUACAUGAAAACAGAGGGAGAUGCUAUUAUUGGGGUGGCAGGGGGGGAGUUUUUGCUUCUUUCUCUGCUAUGAUCUAUAGAGGCACAGGAUCCCAUAUAUUAUGACUGAAGGUGCUGGGGGAACAACAUGUAGUUUUGAUUUCCCAACACUCUUGAUUAUUAGGGUUCUGUCAGCAAAAUUAGGUAUUUGUGUAGUAUGCCCAAUGAAGAGAAACAACCCCAGAAUUUUGGGGUGGUGCUAGAUAGCAAGCAAUCUUCAGUAUAACUAGGUGCCCCCCCAAAAAAGUCCCAAAAUUAUUUGGGGUAAAAGUCAUACCUUUGCAAUGGGAAGGUGACCAGAGAGGUGCUUCCUAACCAUCUAUGGCCCCCCCAACGAGCAAUAACCCAAGUAGGGAAGCACCUGCCCCUUUGCCGCUGCUGCCGCCACCACCUCUGUUCAGCGCACAACCCCCUUCACUCCUCCCUCCUAGAAAUCCCCACUCCAUGGGGCAGGGAUCCAGCUGUAAAUAUGGGGUGGGUGGGUUGUAUUUAUAACCUGAGGUCUGCAAAGUAUUAAAGGAGCCUUUAUCUAAUGCCAGCCGAGGACCAUGUGAGUUUUUAAAAAAAAUAUUAUUACCAUCUUCCCUCCCCCUACCUGCCCGCCUGCUGCUGCUAGGCCGUCACUCCCAGCCCACCCAGGGCCUUCCCUUUGUUCAUCACAGGGGUCACAAAAAGAGCUUUUUAAAAAUCGUUGCUGAACUGGAGUGAUUCUGGAAGGAGGAAGAGUGUGGCCAGUUGGCUAUGGAGUAGCGCCUGACUUCUCUUCUGUGGCUGUGGCUGGUGGGGAGGAUGCCUUGAAAAUCCUAAAAGAAAUCCAGGAAGAAGAAUGAAAAUGAGUGGGGCGGGGGAGUGAACCAUCACCCCUCAAAAGACAAUGGUCAGUAGGUGUAGCAAUACCCGGGUCCAGUGUGACACCUACACUUUAGAGAUGAUCUGAUAGAGGGAGAACAGCACCAGGAGGACUACAGAUCCAACCAGGAUAUAGCGCAGCAGCCCGGGGAAGGUCGCUGUAGGGAAGAGAGAUGGGAAUGAGAAAAGGCCUCUCUCACGGGAGCAUCAUUUCAUACCAUAUGGCUCACAUGGCCAGAGGAAGCCUGCAGCUGAAUCAGCCUAUAGAGGCUGGGCAGCUGCUUGGGAGAGGGAGGGCUUCAGAGCUGAAGCAGCAGGCAGACAGAGACAGGGACUUGAAGGAGGUCUCACUUGGAGCAAUCAAUUCAGGCUGUUCUCCAAUAAGCUUGUAAACAGCAAGGAUCUUCUCUCGGUCUGAGUCAGGAUAAUCAAACCAGAGUUGCUGAUGUGGGGAAGAGACUGUUGUCUUGGCAGUAGCCCAUUCUUCUGCAGGUGCUGUGCAACCAGAAAGAUUCUCCAUCAGUGGCUGUUCCAAGGCACAUCCCCAUGCUCAAGAACAUUCCUUUCCACAAAAGCUUGACAUUAAAUCUUGUUUCCCACAGA